CCCCGCCGCCGCCCGGGACGAUGGUGCGCUGGGAGGCGGCCGCGCUGCUCGCCGCCCUCGUCGGGGUCUGCGUUUGGACCGACGAGACCGGGAAAGUUAUUUCGGAUCGGUACGCGGUCUACUGGAACCGGAGCAACCCCAGGUUCCACCGGGGGGAUUACACGGUUGAGGUGAGCAUCAACGACUACCUGGACAUCUACUGCCCGCACUACGAGGCGCCGCUGCCCGAGCGCAUGGAGCGCUACGUGCUCUACAUGGUGAGCUACGAGGGGCACCUCUCCUGCGACCACCGGCACCGCGGCUUCAAACGCUGGGAGUGCAACCGCCCCGACUCCCCCAACGGGCCCCUCAAGUUCUCCGAGAAAUUCCAGCUCUUCACCCCCUUCUCCUUGGGCUUCGAGUUCCGACCCGGCCACGAGUAUUAUUACAUCUCUGCAUCCCCCCCCAACACGGUGGACAAGCCCUGCCUGAAGCUGAAGGUUUAUGUUCGGCCAACGAACGAUUCCCUCUACGAGUCCCCGGAGCCCAUUUUCACCAGCAACAACUCCUGCUGCAGCCUCAGGGUCCCGCACGCCGCGCUGGCGGUGGUGCCCGUUGUCUGGACGCUCCUGGCAUCGUAGCACCCACCCCCACCGACGGGGAGAGCAGCUCCAGGGAGGAAAAGGGGGGAAGGAAAGGAGCAGCUGGGGGGGGGACGACAGAUUGUGGCCACCCCGAGUCCUCGUCACCUCGAAUCGGUGCUGCUGGCGAGGAGCUGGCGCGGGUCCUGCCACCCCAGGGAGUCCCCGUCCUCCCUCACCUCUGCUGGGGUCAUCGCUGCCCCACGGGACGGAUCCUGUGGCCUCCCCCUCCCCCCCAGCCCCAAUUUGGAUGUUGCUUUUUACAUUUCUAGACCAAAUACCG